AGAGAAAUAAUAAGAGGGAUGAAAGAGUAAAGAGGAAUGGUCAAUCAGAAUAAAAAUGGCAGUGCCAUUGGGGAUGACAGUCUGGAUGGCGAAGAUGGUGUGGAGGGCUUUGAAUGGCUGGCUUUCUUCUUGCUUGACUGUUGCUGAUGAAGUUGCUGCUUCUUUAAGAGCCGGGGAUAUCGGCCCUUUCCACGUUGGCUGAUUCAUUCUCUUCAUUCAAUUCGACCAUAAAGGAAAACCUUAAGAAUAUGUCCAGAAGAGUGGAAUAUGAACCGUGAAGAUCCAAAUUCAAGUUUCAGUCAACGGAUGUUGUCUAGAGAUAUUGCGUGAUUGUUUUCCAAAUCCCAGAUUCAAAUCAAGCCUUGAUGUUAAGCAAGUUCCAGAAGAAAGCUAUGUGGUUUGGUAUAUUUAGAUUCUUGACUACUGAAGGUAUGAUUAUUGUAUAUUAUUUGGCAACAUUGUAUAGCUAUAAAUUAUUCUCAGUUUGUUAUUAAUUAUUGACAUAAACAAUUAGGUAUAGUUUUUUUUUUGGAUAUAUUUAGCCAAUUGUUGUAUCUCUAUGGAUCUGUGUUAUAGGUGGAUAUUAUGAUGCUGUAUGCAUAUUAA